ACGGUUCACAUCCCACAUUUAAUCUCCUUCUUUUGUCAUCUCUGUUUCUCUCUCUUCUGUGUUCCAAAAGUUCCGACCUUUUGUCUAAGAGGGCCAUUGGGAGAGCUCAAGAAUUUCUCUUUUUUAUCGGAUUGGGGAAAAUAUAAAACAUGUAUAUAUAAAUAUAUGAACUUUUGAAUUUCGAAUUUGGGAAUUUGGAAUUUCUAGGGUUUUUCUGGGAUGUCGUCGGUCGAGUAUUUACGUCCAACAAUCCACAAUAGGUUUUGCCUGAAUUUGAAUUCUAAUGCUUAUCAUUGCCGCCAUGGAUUGGGAUUCCUCCGCAGCCAAUCGAAGGGUUUCAACCAGGAACCGAGGCGUUGCGUUUCGAACUCGGCGGUGUUCCCUUCGGUCACGUUGCACGGACAGGGCGGCCUAGCUGUGAGAGUUUCCGAGAGGUUCGGCGGCCUCUGGAGGAGCCACGGAGGGUUUCGAACGGUUAGGGCUUCGGCGAGCGGUCAGGACACGGAUUCCGGGGAGAAGAGCGAGGCGAAGCCGACGGAGGGCCAGGCUGUGAACAAUAACCCGCCAAGUUCGAGCUCGCCGGCUUCUAAUCGGCGGCGAGAGAGUCGAAAGAAAGAGAAUUGGUGGUGGUCGAAAGGCGGGAAAUGGCGGUGGCAGCCGAUAGUUCAGGCACAAGAAAUUGGAAUCUUGCUGUUACAAUUGGGUAUUGUAAUUUUCGUCAUGCGGUUGCUCCGGCCUGGAAUUCCGUUACCCGGGUCGGAGCCGAGGACGCCCACGACGUUCGUUAGCGUGCCGUACAGUGAUUUUCUGAGCAAGAUUAAUAGUAACCAGGUGCAGAAGGUUGAGGUUGAUGGGGUUCAUGUUAUGUUUAAGUUGAAGUCUGAGCAGGGUGAGCAAGAAAGUGAAGUGAGUGGUGGUGGGGCGAGCAAGUUUCAGGAAUCGGAGGCCUUGGUAAGAAGUGUGGCUCCGACGAAGAGGGUGGUUUACACGACGACAAGGCCAACUGAUAUCAAGACGCCGUAUGAGAAGAUGCUUGAGAAUGAGGUGGAGUUUGGGUCGCCGGAUAAGCGGUCAGGCGGAUUCUUGAACUCUGCAAUGAUAGCUUUGUUUUAUGUUGCUGUGCUUGCAGGGCUUUUCCACAGGUUCCCUGUAAACUUUACUCAGCAAACAGCCGGUCAGAUUAGGAACAGGAAAUCUGGGGGCUCUGCUGGUGCUAAAGCAUCUGAACAAGGGGAAGCAAUAACCUUUGCUGAUGUCGCUGGUGUUGAUGAGGCUAAAGCGGAGCUAGAAGAAAUUGUGGAAUUUCUUCGGAAUCCAGACAAGUAUAUACGACUUGGUGCUCGUCCUCCACGUGGAGUUCUCCUGGUGGGUCUUCCUGGGACAGGUAAGACUCUUCUUGCCAAGGCUGUGGCUGGGGAAGCUGAUGUGCCCUUCAUAAGUUGCUCUGCUAGUGAGUUUGUAGAGUUGUAUGUUGGCAUGGGUGCCUCUCGUGUAAGGGAUCUAUUUGCCCGGGCAAAAAAGGAGGCACCGUCCAUAAUAUUUAUUGAUGAGAUAGAUGCUGUGGCAAAAAGCCGUGAUGGAAAAUUCCGUAUUGUCAGCAAUGAUGAGCGAGAACAAACCUUGAAUCAGUUGCUCACUGAAAUGGAUGGAUUUGACAGCAACUCUGCGGUUAUUGUUCUUGGAGCAACUAAUCGCGCAGAUGUCUUAGACCCAGCACUUCGUCGACCAGGGAGAUUUGAUCGUGUAGUUAUGGUGGAAACACCGGAUAGGAGAGGAAGAGAAGAGAUUCUAAAGGUGCAUGCUACCAAAAAAGAACUUCCUUUGGCAAAAGAUGUCUACCUUGGUGACAUUGCUUCUAUGACCACUGGCUUUACUGGGGCAGAUCUCGCAAAUUUGGUGAAUGAAGCUGCUUUAUUGGCUGGAAGACAAAGCAAGUUGGUUGUGGAAAAAAUUGAUUUUAUUCAAGCUGUGGAGAGAUUAAUAGCUGGUAUAGAAAAGAAGACUGCCAAGUUGCAGGGAAGUGAGAAGGCUGUAGUUGCACGACAUGAAGCUGGUCAUGCAGUAGUGGGGACUGCUGUAGCAAGUCUUCUUCCUGGACAGCCACGUGUUGAGAAAUUGAGCAUAUUGCCAAGAUCGGGAGGGGCGUUGGGCUUCACUUAUAUUCCUCCAACAACAGAAGAUAGAUAUUUACUCUUCAUUGAUGAGUUGCGUGGACGUUUGGUUACACUUCUUGGAGGACGUGCAGCAGAAGAAUUUGUAUAUUCAGGUCGUGUCUCAACGGGUGCACUUGAUGAUAUACGACGAGCAACUGACAUGGCAUACAAAGCAGUAGCUGAGUAUGGUCUAAAUCAGAACAUUGGCCCUGUGUCUAUAGCAACACUUUCUGCUGGUGGAAUGGAUGAGUCUGGUGGUGGUGCUCUUUGGGGAAGGGAUCAGGGGCAUCUUGUUGAUCUUGUUCAAGGAGAGGUUAAAGCUUUGCUGCAAUCUGCUUUGGGUAUAGCUCUUUCAGUUGUACGUGCUAAUCCUACUGUUUUGGAGGGUCUUGGUGCUCAGCUGGAAGAAAAAGAGAAGGUAGAAGGCGAAGAGCUACAAAAGUGGUUAAAAUUGGUGGUUGCACCAACGGAACUGUCAAUCUUCAUUAGUGGCAAGCAAGAGUCUCUUCCCCCAUUGCAGACCAUCUCUGGUUAACAACCAUAUCUUGUUAUACUUUGUCUCCUCGAUGUGAAAUAUGGAGUAGCUUACUGCUUCUUGUGCCAUUGUCCUGUCAGUGAAUUCAUCCUUAUUAUUGGCAGCAGCUCCCACUUGCAACUUGUGUGUUUUGGGUUCCUUUUUUGACUAGUGUGAGCACGCUCUUUGUUUUAACACACAAUUUACCAGCCCAAGUUUGCCAACCAAAGAGAAGGAAAGAAGUCGGAGAAUAGUACCUGCACAAGCCUUCUCAAGUGUGUCUGUGUCACCCGUAUUAACUUCAGCACAACCGGGUUGGUAUCUGAAACUGUUGUACAUUGACUGUUACUUAGUUACACAUGAUCUGCCGUAUCUGCAAUUGUAAUUGUUCAUGAGUUGUAUACGAUAAUUAUUAUACGAAAAUAUAUAAUAUUCCUCGUA